AACACAAAGAAAAGUACCAAAAGAAGCGUAGCUAAAUUUGGAAAGCAUCAUAUUGUGCCAAAUAAUAUACAGCAUCAAUAAAUUCCUGCCGGCUUUUUAUCAAUUUUAUUACCAACGGCGAUUGACUGCUACAAUACAUUAUUUUAGAUCGUGAAAUAAUAAAAAAAUAUAAAUUAAAAAAUGGCAACAGCUCCGCAACCAAAUGGAUUACUGCUCGAAAAUUCGGGCUCCAAAGAAGAGGAAUCGAUUAAUGUCGGAGACCUUCGUUCGGAGAGAGAACGAUUAACUCAUAAUAACUUUAUUGAUUCAGAACGAAGCGAAAUAGAUGGACCAAUACAAAUUCCAGAGGACAUGGAUGCCCCUGAAGACCUCGCCAGCGUAGAUGUUAAUGCCUACGCGCACAAGAAAACACUAGCCCAGGGAAUGAUGGAUUUAGCAUUACUUACAGCGAACGCCAAUCAAUUGCGUUAUGUGUUGGAGACCUUCAACAGACAUCCAUAUUACUAUCCCAGCUUGGUUCUCCUAAUACUUAGCAUUGCUUUUCAAAUAGCUGUUGGUGUUGGCUUAAUUCUCACCAGUCGUUACAACAUUGAAGACAAAAAGGAGGUUUGUCAUGCGAACAGAGUUAGCAACUAUACAAUUUGUGGCAUUUUCAUAAUUACCGUUAUUAAUGUGUUUAUUUCGGCAUUUGGCGUGGCAGACACGUCUGGCGAUAAAUAAUUGUGGAAACUACGCUUGCUGUUGUCGCUAUCAUUUAUACAUUUAACGUAUACAAAUAUCUACUAUAAAGCAUUAAUAUACAUAUUUGUUAUAAAAAAAAAAUAAACACCAUAUUUUUAAGCAUUGUAGGUUAAAAAACUGAGUGAGCAAAAUGCUUUUCGGCAAU